AUGCCCUCUCUCCCAGAUGACACGCAACUGGUCACUGGGGAAGAGGCGGGGCAGUCUGAUUUAAGACUGUUCCCAGAAAGUUCGUCACUCUUCUUUGCGGAACGGGUGGGACGAAACUGCCUGGGAACGGUCGCCGUCGGACAAGGGGUAGGGGUACACACCGGUAUCUCCAAUAAUUCCCUUCCGGGGCCCCAAAAUGGGCCCCGAGUGCGUCUACGCGCGCCAUCGCCUCGCGUGCCUACCAAGUUUCCGCGCGCGCAGAGGUCUCUGUCGCGCGUGAGCCCCGUCUGGUCUCCGGCCCUGAUUUUGGGUGCCAUCAUUGACCGGGAAGAGGCCCGGCGACCCCCCGUUGGUACCAGCGAAGGUACCUUCGGCAAUAUACUUGGUUUAAGUAUAGGGGUCGCCGAAAUUCACGACACCAUUCAAGACAACGCUCAAGACUCCUCGGGCCAAGAUGGCAUCGUCUCCGUUGGCUUUGCAGAGGCCACGAGACCGCCUCCCGCCUCCUCCGCGCGCCGUUUGGCUUCCCCCGCCUCGCCGGACGCUCCCGCCGCUGCCGUGGCCUCGCAGGAGGAAGAUGCGAUUGUUGGCAUACCCGGCAGGGCGGGCGUUACGCUGCCCGACCGGGUAUCGCCGACACACGGACAAGGACUGCAGAGCGACGGCUCCCCGGGCGCAAGCAUGCGGCGCCCGGGUACCAAGACGUGCACCAAGGGCAUCUACACGUUACGGAGCGCCCUCUCAGACGUGGGAGCGGCCCACGACACUACGAUUGAUGCUGCUGGGCCCGGCAGGGCGGCAAGCAUGCUGCCCGACCGGGUCCAGCACGGACCACUUCAGAGCAUCGGCUCCCCGGGUACCAACAGGCUGUACCCGGGCUCACGGACAAGCGGGACGGCUCCCCGCGCCCUCCCACCCGCCCACGAUGCCCCCGUCGCCGCCCUGGACCCCGCGCAUGUUGCUGCUAGACCCGGCAGGGCGGCAGAAAUGCUGCCCGACCGGGGUACCGAUGGGCUCGCGCUUGCACUCUUUACUGCUCGCGCCCUAGGUGCCACCCGUGGCCAUGGAGACCCGGAGGACGACGGCAGCAGCGACCGCGAGGUCUCGGGCGGCGACGACGACGCUAUUACCGCCGCAAGUGAUGACGACCGGCUCGGCCAGGUAGCUACAGAGCAGCCUGCCCGAUCUGGCUACACUGCAGUGGCCGCGGCCGCUCUCGUGGGCAUGCCCGCUACCAUCAGCGAGGCCGUGUCCACUGCAGCAAUUGUUUGUGAUGUUGUUGAUGUCUCACGUACCUGUGACGACCGGCUCGGCUGGCAGACACCCAUACUGCCCGACCGAGCUGGGUGCGACGCUCCGAUGCCUUGCGGCGACGAGUUGUCUGCUGGGCCCUGCCCCCAUACCGAUGACUGCACACCCGGCAGGGCUGGUACCAUGCUGCGUGCGGGUGCUGCACAGGCUCCUGCCACGACCGCUGCCGUCCCUAUGGAGGUUGACCAGUGCGCAACAUGGCAGGCAGCCAGCCAUGUACCGGGAUCGCCGCCUCUCGUGCUCCGCCUCGGCGGCAAGCGUCGCCGCUUGAGCGAUGACGCCGACGACGACCCGCGCGAGCAAGCCGAGCAACUGCUGCUCGAGGACGUUGAGGCCGGCCCCAAGCACUCAGCGCUUUGGCCAUCCACGGCCAGCGCACUUCCGGCCUCCGUCCUGGCCGUGUAUGGCCACAACGCCAGCGCUUCACGUGCACGCUGUGUACAUACACGGCCUCAAGCUUUGCUUCGCUCAAGCGACACAGGGACUCACGGCACCGACGUAUCUCCUUCCUCGACCGCUUCUCGGCAGGUUGUGCGUGCGGCACGCCUUUCGUAUCGAGGCUGGCAGCUGCAAACCACGCUCGCGCGUGUGCCAGCCUCCGCGACACUUCGGCUGCGACCGCAUCAGCAGCCGGGGACCUCAGCCCCACUGCUGGUGCAGUCAAUGCCACCGCUACGGUGGCCGACACCGAACCCGUGCUGCUCCGCCAAGUCCCUCCGGUGCUCACUGUGUCCCCCCCCACAGUCGAGCACCACUCAUGACAGAUCAACAGAGUCAAGAUGGAGCCCCCCGCUCCCAAGGCAGCUGGUUGCUUAUCGCGUUGCGUCCCGCCUCUCCGAGGUUCCCGCCUCACGUUGGGGUCCACCACUGCCUCGCAGCGUGGUGGUGUCAAGGAUUGCCGACCGUCUCCUCCCGCCAGAGUUAACGGAGGAGGAGGAGACCAAGGCUGGUGACAGCGACGACGAGGACGUCAACGACGACCCAGAGAUGGACGGCGAGUGGCUGCUGCGCUUUGACGGUGCCUGCCGGGCAAACCCUGGGCCUGGCGGCGCCGGCGCUGCGCUAUUCAAGCCCAGCGGCCCCGUAGUGUGGACGUGUUCCCACUACAUGCCGAGCAGCGGCGAAACCAACAACACGGCCAAGUACACCGCGCUGCUGCUCGGCACACGGGCUGCCGCCGACCACGGUGUCACGCGCCUGCGGAUCGAGGGUGACAGCACUCUUGUCAUCCAGCAGGUGCGUGGCAUCUUCGCCACACGCAACAAGCGCCUGAGGCAACUGCGCAUUGCGGUCAAGGCGGAGCUGGCGCGGAUGGAGCGGGCCACGCUCCAUUCCAUCUACAGGCAGGCGAAUGGUCAUGCCGACCGCCUCGCCAAUGCCGCUCUUGACCGCCGCACGACCACGUUGGAGUGUGGGCUGCACCUCCCGCCUGCCACACCGCAUGUCGCGAUGGGCACUGAUGACCCCCCAAGCCCCGCAGAUGAUGAUGACAUGGGGGACAUCGAUGAUGGCGAGGUGUAUGCAGCGAUGAGUGUAGGGCCUGAUGCAGUGCCUCAGCGCCGGUCGCAACUGCGCCUACGGCAGCUGGACGAAGACGAGGAAGAGGCUGCGGGCAAGUUGGUGGAGCGGCUAGCAGCGAAGCUCGCUGCCAAGAUAACGGACGCUGAUGACUGGGAGGAGGCGGAGGGCUACAUCACAGCCCUCCCGUAUGCGCUGUACGAUCAACUGCAGCCUUACUCCCAGACACAGCACCCCGCCCAACCUCACUCCCAGCGCCCGCAGCUGCACCAUCCAGACGUGCGUCCUGACAGGCAACCGGAGCCACAUCAAGGUCCGGCGCAGGCCGUGACACCAGACGGUCAGCGCCAAGGUGGCAGCCGUUCACGUCGUCGCCGUGGUCACUCCGGUGGUGGCAUGGGGCACCGGCGCACACGUCCGCCCCGUGUGACACGUCAUCACCGUGAGCACCGGCUUGACGAGGCUCUGGACGCCAUGCAUGCUGUCCAGCGUAGCGAGCCGGGCAACCGCCAGGUUGUGGCCAAGGCACGUCGUCGUGUGGGGAGGAUCCACUCAUCCAUUUCGCAGCAACGCCUCCGCCACCUCUUCGAGGCUUCGGAGAAGGUGUGUGUUGAGAGCAUCCUGGCGACGGCUCGGUCCAAGCGCGAGGCAGACGAGGCUGCGGCUACGCCAGCCAGCACCUCUGCGCCUCCGCUGGACUGUGUGGACGUGGAGGAAGGCACCUGCUCCAUUCCAGGAGAGAGCCUGCACCGGUUCUUUACCGAGGUGAACACCCCGGUGGGUGCCUUCGACCCUAUGGCGCCAGUUGGAGCCUCGUUCCGCGCGGCCAUGGACCGCUUGCCUCCAGCGACAGUUGACAUGGCGCUGCUCACGGAUGGGCCGUCUUCGCAUGAGAUCGAGGACCAAGUGCAGCUUGCGCGUGGCAGUUCCAUCCCUGGCUUGGAUGGUGUCGGCUGUGACAUCUUCAAGAUGUUCACGGCCCAGCUUCUGCCCGCUCUGCAUGCAGCGUUCACGCGCUGCUGGCAGUCCAAGCGUGUGCCGCAGAGCUGGAAGGUUGGCGUGGCCAUAUACAAGCUAUACACCGGUGUCUUGUCGCGUCGCUUUACGCGCUGGCUCGACGUCAACGGUCGCAAUGCCGACGCGCAGAAGGGCUUUCGAGCCAUGAACGGCUGCGGGGAACACAACUUCCUCGCAGCCAUGCUCGUCGACCAAGCCCGCCGCAAGCAUCAAGAGUUGCAUGUCGUGUGGUACGACUUUGCCAACGCUUUUGGUAGCGUGCCACAUGACUUGCUAUGGGAAGCGCUACAACGGCAGGGUGUUCUGCCCGAGUUUGUCGCUUGUUGCCGUGGUCUCUACGCAGACGCAGCGCUUACAAUUGGUAACGCUGUGGAUGGGAUCACCGCACCGAUCGCGUUGAAGGUGGGGGUGUUUCAAGGCUGCCCACUCAGCCCCCAUCUCUUCACCGCCGCGAUCGCUCCGCUGCUUCACGCGCUCAAGUCGCUGCCGGACACUGGAGUGAAGAUGUCCUGCGAAGACCGUCCCGGUGCUGCUGCUUACGCAGACGACUCGAAGGCAUUCAGCAGCACCGUGGACGGUAUCCAGCGUCAACACUCGGUGGUGCACGACUUCCUACGCUGUACUGGCAUGAAGGCUAACUCGCUGAAGUGCAGCACCAUGUCAGUCCAGCGAGAUGUGCGUGGUCUCCACCAGACCAGCGACCUCGGGCUGCAGCUGGACGGCACCCCGAUCCCCGCGCUCAGCGCCUCCGACUCUUACCAGUACUUGGGGAUCGGGGAUGGCUUCGACCAUGUGCGCCGUCGCGUCGAGCUGGGCCCAGCUAUCGCCCAGCUCAAGCAUGAUGCGACGGCACUGCUGCAGUCCGGGCUGGCGCCGUGGCAGGUGGUCAAGGCGGUCAAGGUGUACCUUUACCCGCGCGUCGAGUACACCCUCCGGCACUUGCGACCGUUCGCACAGCAGCUGGAGGGGUUCGAUCGCCGCCUUGUUCGCGGUCUGCGCCACCUGCUGCGGCUCCCGACUAGCGCAACGACAGCGUUUCUUUACGCUCCUGUUUCUCGUGGAGGUUUGGGGCUUCUGCCCUUGACGGAGCUGCACGGGGCACUUCAAGUGGCGCAUGGGUGGCAGAUGUUGCACUCUUCUGACCCUGCCACCCAGCGCAUUGCUCGCCAGCAGCUCCGUCAAAUUGCAGAGGCCCGCUACAAGUUGGAUGUCGUGCUGCGGAAGGACCGUGAGGAGGAGCUGGGCGAGCUCCUUCUCAACAGUAAGCUGGGGACGUCGGACCCAGCGCCGCCCAAGCGAAGGAAUGCGGACAUUGGGUCGCUGAGCGGUGGAGGAGACGGGACGCCGGCCAAGAGGUUGCAGCUUCGCGUGCCCCACCACGAUGGUUGGUUGGACCAUCGGGAUAUCCUUCGGCACGUGAAGCUGCACCUCAAGAACAAGCACUGGAAGCGAUGGGCCGCGAUGAAGGACCAAGGGAAGGCUGCUCGCACCCUUGGUGGUGCUGGCAGCGCCUUCCUCUCGCGGCCCCGUGGUCUCUGGGAGACCGACUACCGCUUUGCGGUGGGUGGUCGUCUCAACCAGCUGGAAACCCACAGUGUCUUGAAGCGCCGGCGUCUUCGGACGCACGACAAGUGUCGAUUCCCUGGCUGCUCAAGGACCGAGACGCUGGCACAUGUAUUGAAUCACUGUGCCGGCACCAUGGAUGCAGUCCGCACCCGCCACGAAGACGCUCUGACGAUCAUUGAACGGGCGAUAGCGUCGUCGGCGGGUGAUCGGAAGGAAAGGGUUGAGCUGAGGGUUAACCAAACCGUACCCUCGCUCCCCGGACCUGCUCUGCGGCCGGACUUGCAGGUCUACAACCACACCACACGUUCGGUGUCGGUUGUAGAUCUGGCUGUGGCCUUUGAAGAUCAAGCUACAGACGACCCGAGGACGUCGUCGCUCGCGCGGAUUGCUGCGCUUAAGCGCGCCAAGUACGACUGCGUCAAGCGACACCUAGAGCGUCAAGGUUGGACGGUUCACCUUUCGGCGCUCGUCUAUGGUUCGCUUGGUGCAGUCGCCGGUGGUAACCUUGCGGUUUACACCGAGCAACUUGGCGUGCUUAAGCGCGAUGCGAAGCGGCUGGACAGGCACCUUUCUGCUGAAUGCAUUAAGUCCAGCCUCCGCAUUUGGAAUUUGCAUUGCGGCCAGCACCGCGCGAGGCAGACUCGAGAUCAAAGCACAAUUCAAGGAAGCGCACACGGGCAAGGGAGACCUAGGCGAGACGCAAGGGGCAGCCGAGUGACGGGGACCGGGGGAACCCGUCACAUCGUGGCCGCCGCUAGUCGGAACUCGGGCCCAUAG